AUGAGUCACCUCAACCCAGGACUUAUUUCAGCCUACAACAGUCUGACAGACAAACAUCUGGCUGGAUACUUCAGCAACACUCGGAUCAGGAGACAUUUACAGAGAGCAGGACUGAUCACCAGGAGUGGGCGCAUUGUUCCAGACAAAGAGUACAGACACAAGCUGAUCCAGAGAGCCCACCAGAGACAUGUUCGUGAAUGCUUGGCCCAGGCCAUUUUCCACAAGGUUCUGGAGAUGGAGCGUCUCCAUCAAAUAGAGAUCAAAAGGAAACUGGAGGAGUUUGCAAGGAGGGAAAGAGUGCAUAAGAUCAAGGUGGAGCGCUCUAGAAGAUAUGAAGAAGACAUCAUCCGCAUCCUGUCUCCACGCCCUCCCACGGGUGCAAGGGGCAUCCGAAAACAGCACUCUGGGCCAGAGGGGGAGCACUCCGAAUCCUCGGAGUCUCCGGGAUCGUCUCGACCCAACACGGCUCCAGGGAAGAUGCAGAGGCCGGUGCGUCUGAAGCCAAUCCACAGUAACAGCACCACAGCUUCAGUCAGACGCAGCUCACCUUACAGGCUCCUCGAGUCCACCAACGAGAACGACCAGCCGUUCAACUGCACUAUGGACAAGGAGUCCCGGAGACGUUUCACCACAACGGAGGCCUCCUGUGGCAUCUCGCCCUACUGCCUCCCAGUCAUCAACAAUUUUGUCACUCCAGUGCCUCCAGCCACAAAGAGGAAAGAGAGGGGGGUAAAGGUCACUCCCAGCGGCACGCUUCGAGGUCGCAGACUGCGCCCUACCACUGCCUCCAGUGGAGCUGACGACCCCCCCAUGCUGAGGAGCUCUAUGCACCAGAGCAGAGUGUGUGUGAACAUGGUGUACUUUGGCAAAACGGUGCAUCUCUCCCAUGACCUGACCGACAUGAGGGACGAGGUCAAAGUGUUUCAGCAGCACUGUGGAGGAGAGAACCUGUGUGUGUACAAAGGCAAGCUCCGUGAGGGAGAGACUUUCCAGUUAAUUUCAAGGCGACACAGAGGCUUCCCCUUCAGCUUGACCUUCUUCCUGAACGGGCUGCAGGUGGAGCGGCUGAGCUCCUGCUGCGAGUUCAAACACAGGAAAGGCUCCAGACUUGGCGGCAGACACGGACACUUUGGCUUCUCCAGUGUAGAGGGGGCCUCACCCUGCUACAAGUGCAUCAUAGCGAUGGGGUUGGACAAAAAGCCCACACCUCCACCAAAGAGAGUCAAAGAGGAUGGAGGAAGAGAGGAGUUGGUCACCAGCCCAAAGGAUGCUGCCGAAAUGGAAGCAGAAAGGGCAGAAGAAGAAACUGCCUCCCGUUCAGACUGUGACAUGAGUCAGCAACAGGACAUGGAGACUCAAGUCAAAGAAGAAAGAGUAGCUGAGGAGGACAAAGUCAGAGAUGAUUAUGAAGAAGACUUUGAAGCAGACGAUGAGGGCCCUGUGGAUGAGGCAAAAGAAAAGAAAUCCCCAUGUCCAGCCAUUGAAACUGAGACUCUGGUUAAAGAGAGAGACGCCUCUGAGACUGAAGAUGACGACGAGAAAGAUGAAGACACAAAGUCUCGUUCAGGCUCCAGCUGUUCAGGCAGUGACCAGGAGGCAAGUGAUGCUGAAGCCACAAAUGACUCCAGAGAGGACGAGAAAGCAGAGCAACCCGAAGAGGUUGAUCGAGAGGAAGCCGUCGCCCCAUCUGACCAAAAAGACGAACCAAAUCCAGAAGAACCAGCUGCCACCGAGGCCAAGUCUGCUGCAGCUAAAGACUCAGAUUUACAGGACAGUGCGGGGGACAGCACGGAGAUCGACAUUUCAGACACCAGCAUCCCUUCAGGGAAGGAAAAUAAACAGAGUGACGACACCUCAGGAGGCAAAGAGGCUGAGGCAACAGUAGAUGAGGGCAAACAGGAAGAGGAACAAGAACAGGAGAGGGGUGAGUAUAAACCAACAGAUGAAGCUGUGGAGCUUUCACCUGAUUCAAAAUAUAGCUCAGAAAACAACAGGAAAGGCCCCCAGGGGGUAAAACUGCAAUCAGAAACUAAAUCUGUGCAGGAGAAGCUGGCAGAGGCCAUACUGAAGGAGUCGCAUUGCAGCUCUGAGCCCGAACUGAGUGACACCAGCACUGAGGAGGAGGAGGAGGCCACAGAAAAGGGCCACAAACAGAACAACAAUGAUGUAGUUCCAGAGAAAUCAGUGACAUUUACAGAGCAGCAACCGACACUUGUAGAAGAGGUGAAAUGCGAGGAAAGUGCUGGUGUUGGUGAAGCUGAGGUGACUGAGGAGCAGGAAGAGACAUCUGAGCCAAAAGAACGGGAGGAUGAAACUGAAAAAGAGCCUCAUGAGAACAGCGAUAGCACUAAAGAGGAGACGGAGAAAAUAGAUGAAGAUGAUGAAAAGCCUGCAUCAGAAGAAGCAGCGGCAGAAGAGGAUAAGUCAGAGGACACAGGUGCAGCUAUACAUCCUGCGUUGGAGGAGACGAUGGAAGAAAGCAAAACUUCAGAACCUCAGGAAGAUGCAGCAGCUAAGCCCACUGAUGCCGACGCUGCACAAAGAGAUGAAGAAAAUGAGGAGAAAAGUGCAGAAGCAGAGGAGGCUGGCACACAGCCUGACGAGACAGGGCAAGGGGCAAAAAGCAGGGAGGGGGAUGAAUCAUCAGUAUCAGACCCGAAUAAAAAGACUGAUGAGACAGCAAUGUCAGAUAAUGCAGAGGCGGAGGCGAUGACAGCGAGCGAGACAAUGGAGAUGAAAGCAGAGCCCUCAGAGGAGCGAGAGGCCCUCAGCUGUGAAGAGGCACCUGUAACCGACACAGAGGAGAGGCAGCAGGGAGACAGCAAGGACAGAAGUAAAGCAUCAGUCACAGCAGAGAAUUCAAACAGCAUGCUGGGGGGGAGCGGAGACACCACGGUGGAAAAAACAGCAGAUGUAAGUGAGGACAAUGCAAUGGAUGAGAGCAGUAAAGAUGAUAAUAAAGAGGAGGAAGUAGAGGAAUUUUCAGAAGCAGAUGCCAGUAAGGACGACAAUCAACAGGAAAGGUUGGGAGAAGAGCAAACAGAAAAGUCUGUGGAAAUAAGUAAUGAGGUUGAAAAGGAGAAAUCUGAAGAGCAAAGAAAGGAGGAAGAAAAACAAACAAACCCAGAUGAAACACCCGAAGGUGAAAAUACUGUGGAAACAGAAAAGAAUGAAACAGAUAAAACAGAAGAGGCAAACGAUGAAAGUAAGACAGAAGAAAGGAUAGAGAGUGAGGGAAACAUUGUAGAGGAUUCUAAAACCGACUCAAACACUGAAGGACAGACAAAUGAAGAACCAGCUGAGAAAACCCUUGACGAGGAAGAUAAAGUUGCGAAUGAAGAGAGAGCUGACGAAUCAGAAAAGACAAAAAAAGACGACGAUAGUGAAUGCGUUGAGAAUAAAAAUGAUGAGGAAGAAUCUGAAACAAAGGCAGCCAUAACUGAUAAAACUAAUGAAGGUGAAGAAAUAAACGAGGCAAAGACCGAUGCCGAUGAAGAAAAGGGUAACGAAGCAGAACAAGGAGAGAGAGAUGACAACGAACUGAACAAAGCUGAACAAAGUGAAUCUGAGGAGAAUAAAGAUGCUGAAGAAUCAGAAGAGAAAAAAAUCAUAACCUGUAAGGCUGGAGAGGGAGAAGAAAUAUCUGACAUUACUGAAGAACCUGAAAAAAAUGCAGAUGAUGUGAAAAUAUCUAAUGAAAACACUGUUGAGCCAAAGGACAUGGUUGGUGGUGAAGCAGCAGAUGGGACUGAAGAGACUGAAGAGAUGCUGAACAACGUGAUGGAGUCUGAAGAUGGUAAGAAAGAAGCUGAAGGAGCAAGUGCCAACAGCAAAAAGGGAGAAAUUGAUGCUGAAAACGGGGAGAUUAAUACUGCAACAGAGAGCAAAACUCACGAAGAUGAGGCAGAAGCUUCAGCUGAGGACAAAAAUGACGUGAAACCAGCAGAGCACGUUGAAGAUGAAAGAAAAACAGAGGACGAACCAACUGAAGAUGAAAGUACAGAGGUAAAAGAAGUGACUGUGGAGUCUGGACAUGACAAUAUGGGUCAGGCUCCUGACACAGACAUGGUAGAAAGUGAGGCUAAGGAAGUGGAUGACUGUGAGGAAAAACAAGACGAAUCUGCUCAGAAUGAUCCAGAACGAGAGACAGUUGGGACAGAGACAAAAGAAGAAUCUAAAGCAGAUGACCUAAAUACAGACAGAGAGGACAAUGAGGAGACAACGCAAGAUGAAAAUGAAAACAAAUCUGAUAAAAUCGUUAAGGAAAACAGAGAUUCAGACUCAACCAAAAAUAACGGUAAUAAUGUCAAUGAGGUGAUAACUGCUUCUUUGGUGGGUCAGGCAAAAUCUUCAACACCCACAGGUAUCGGUUUAGAUGGUACAUCUCACAAAUUAGAUGAGUCCACUGCAACGUCUGACAAACUCCUACGCUCUGAUGAAAGUGCUGCUGCCGUCGACCUCUCCGCUGCAGACGGAGAAAACGGAGCAGACACGGAGGAGGCGAGCAAGGCCUCGGAGGAAGGAGCAAGUGUGCUGCUCAAACCUCGGGCACAAAACAAUGAGGCCGAUAACAAAGAAGAGAGCAUCGCAAUAGGUAAAGGAACUCCAGAGGCCCUGACAGGAGAAGACAACACAGAUCUGGUCACGAACUGGGUAACCAUGCAUCAAACGUCAAAGUACUUUGAGAAGUUUGUUGAACCUUUAGAGGACUUGAAGGAAGAGACUUCACACACUCAAGGAUACAUCUCCACUCAAGAGGCGACAAAGCCUACAGAGCUGCCGAGAUCAGAGAGUCCACUUAAGAUGGUGAAGACGUCUGAAAAUGAAGAAAAAGAGCAAAUGCAACAAGAUGAAAAUGAUGCUAGGGAAAAAACCAAAGUGGAAGCUGUAGAGUCAGAUCUCGAGAGCGAACUCUUCGAAGAUGGGGAACCUUAUAAGAUUGACCCUGCCAAAGAUACGCUCCAGGAGGAGGAGGGGGCUGAGGUGAAGGACUUAAUACCAAAAACAGAGACUGAAGAAAAUGAUGAAGAGUCUAUAAAUGAGCAAAGAAAAGGAAGCAGGGGAUCUCUAGAAGAAGACAAGGUUCAAGAUGGACCAACGCAGGCACAAAAUUAUAUUUCCCAAACUGAAGUGGAAAGCAUUGUAGGUACUCAUCAUUCUGUUGCCAGUGGCAAACCUGAGAGUCUCACAGAGAACAAAAACGAAGAGGAAACGACAGAUAAUGAUCCAGACUUGAAUGAAAAACAAAUAGAACCCGAGGAGAUAAAAGAUCUCUUACCUCCGUCCAAAACAGAAGAGCAUCGUGAGCACUCGGCGAGUCCCGAUGGACUGAAAGACACCGGAGAAACGUGGUGGAAAACAGAUGAACGAAGUCGAGAAGUUACAGAAAUAACUGAUUUUACAACAUCCAAGUCUGAUGAUGGAAGCCAAGACGAGUCCCACAACGGUGAGAUCCAACCCAAACCAUCUGAUGGGAGCGUCAACAGAGAGAGAAGAGACAUGCAGCUGAUCCAAGACAUCAAACACACUCUCAGUAAAGACAGACUCAGCACUUUCUCAGUGGAUGAGACGCUGUUUGGUCGCAGUUCAUAUCCUGUGCUGGCUGCUGCGAGGACAGAGAGUGGACAUUAG